AUGACGAAAAAGAGAAGAAAUGGCGGUCGCAACAAGAAGGGCCGUGGCCACGUAAACUUCCUCCGUUGCUCGAACUGCUCGCGAGCAAUUGCCAAAGAUAAGGCCAUCAAGAGGUUCACCGUCCGAAACAUGGUUGAGAGUGCUGCUGUCCGAGAUAUCAGUGAGGCUAGUGCCUACGCUCAAUACACCCUCCCCAAACUGUACAUCAAAAUCGUAUACUGCGUUUCCUGCGCUAUCCACUCACAUGUUGUCCGAGUGCGAUCACGCGAGGGCCGUCGCAACCGUGCUCCUCCCCCACGAGUACGGUGGAAGGACGGCAAGAAGGUCAACCCAGCAGUAGCAGCAGCAGAGGACGCGAAGGCGGCUGCUGCAGCUGCAGGAAAGGCUUAA